CUGCUGCUCCUGUUUCAGAGUAUCUACAAGCAAAAAUGAACUCCUGGGACUUCAUUUUGUUUCUGUCUCUGAUUUUUCCAAACUGUGAUGCCUGGUCUGAAUCGAGAAUUCGCCGCUCUGCUAAAGAUACUCCAGUGGUUUGCUAUGAUAAUCUCAUGUCUGUUUAUUUAUCGAAAGAGCAGUUUAGCAAUCUCCCCUUGACCAUUUACGUUCAAGAUGAACGUGGUGGAUAUUAUCAAGCUGCAGCUAUUGCCAAUCACUGCCACUACUUCUUUGGAGAUACGCACAACUCUGUCAUCCUAACGGUUGCUUUCCAUGGUUGUUUUGUGAAAAGAUAUGAAAGCACAACCAGUCUCACAGUGGUGAUUGUUGCACCUGGGGAUGGAGGGGUACCUGGAAUUGUCCACUCCAUGAAAGUAGAAUGUGAAACAGAAAAGAGAGAGGCAAACACGUUUCCAGAUGUGUUAAAGGAGUUCUUCUGCAACAAAAAUGGGUUCAACAUUACCAUUCCCAGGAAUGCAACAGACCCACCUCUGAACCUGGAUGCAAUAUGGAUUCCUUCUGACCCAAAUCACAACUGUAAACCCCAGAAAAGAUCCAUCGACGCCGUCACCUAUAGAUUUCCAUUCACUGACUGUGGUACUCAAUCAAAGGUUGACAAUGGAAAUAUCACGUACUGGAUCAUCGUAGAGGUGAAGCGGUACCCGCAGAGAGGCGUAAUCAUUCGAGACACACCGUUUCGCCUUACUGUGAAGUGCAGCUUUGCACUGACCCAAAUGACACAGCUGGGUUUUGAUGUUCAGCAAAGUAAAGCUGAUUACCCCUCAGCACUGAAGAACAAAGGUGUACUACGCACUGAAAUGAGGUUUGCAAAAGAUUCCUCCUAUAGAUCCUUUUAUUCCUCUGGUGAUCCUCCAAGAGUAGCUGAGCUCGGUCAGCUGGUUUUUGUGGAGGUCUUCCUCAAGCACCAAGACAAGGACUUGGUUUUGUUAUUGGAGGACUGCUGGGCUACACCGACUGAGGACCCUCAUGACCCGUACAGAUGGAACCUGCUUGUUAAAGGGUGUCCCUUCAGUGGUGAUACCCACAGAACUGUCCUACUGCCCGUUUCCAGGGAUGAGGUGAAGAGUCCAGCUCUUCACAAAUGGCUCGUUGUGAAAUUGUUCUCUUUUGUUAAACCUCCAACAUUUGAAAACCUGGUAUAUUUCCACUGCAGUGUAGAAAUCUGUAAAGGACCAAACUGCAUCCAAUCUUGCAGCAGCGACAACCGUAAAUUGAGAGGAAUCUCACCAGAACAAGGGCAGAGAAUUUUUCCCGGUGUUGUCUCUGGUGAACCUCUUCUUUAUCUGCAAUAAAAAUAAAAAAAAA